CUCUUCCCGGCGGCCCCAUUGCCGCGGCGGCGGCGCUCGGAGCGGUGGGUCCGACGGCGCCGGGGCUGCAGGUGGGUGCGGGGCUGCGGGAGCGGCUCGGUCCGGUUGCGGGGUUGUGCUCUGCGUGCUGGGCUCCUCCGGGUACCGAGACGCGUUUAACGGCUCUAGAGCCUGCUUUGUAUCUCGCCCAACCCCCCCCCCCCCCCCCUCCACGGCGCUGCUAAUAGUAUCAACCCUCUUUUUGAAGAGAUGGUGAGGAUAAUAAUGCCAUCGCUGCGCUUUUUCAAGGAUGUUGCCCUUUUCGGAGGUGUAAUUCGCAGAUGCAUUGCAUCCGGUGCAUCCUAAGGGCGAGCGUUUCGUUUUGAUGCCCGAUUGGAAGAAGCCCCCACCUUUUGGGUGUAGGGAGAUGCGUAAAGGUCGCUCCUCCUCUCCUGGUGCUCCGCUCCCUUCCGUCGCUCAGGAUUCCUCCUGCCUCACCCACCCUGACCCGGGCGCCUCGAGCUCUGCUGCAGUCACCGGUCGGAGCGGUUCUUCGUGUCCGUGCUUCAUCUCCCCGUGCUCCCAUUAAUAACAUAAUGGCUUUGUUUAUCCCGCCCGAGCCGUGCUGGUGACGCUUAGAACAGGCCGGGCGGGACGGCUGUGAGUCAGCCCCGACCCGGCACCACGUGCGGUCCUGCCGUGUUCUCCACCGCCAACGGGCCCGGUGGCACUCGGUGACACAGCUGUGACACGGCUGGAAGAGGUCCCAUGACUCAGCUCCUCCCGAGCGCUCAGCCGUAAGGAUACAUCCCUCAUAUCCCAGCUGUGUGGGCAUCACUGCUAAGCCUUUGGCAUCUCACAGGUCUGAAGGAGCCAGGAGAAAUGGCGUGAGGUGCACAGGAUGCUGCUCGCCCUCCCCCUGCGGGCAGCCUGCAGCCUGCUGGCCUGGCUUUCCCUCUACGUGUGGUUCUGCCAUCGCUACAAGCACCGGAGCUACGAGUGGAGCUGCAGGCUGGUCACGCUGACCCACGGCAUCCUCGCCACAUGUCUCUCUGCUUACAUUGGCUUUAUCGACGGCCCCUGGCCUCUGAGUCACCCGGGAUCCCCAAACACGACCCUGCAGGUUUACGGGCUGUGCCUGAGCCUGGGCUACUUCCUCUUCGACCUCUGCUGGUGUGUGUACUUCCAGACGGAGGGUGCCCUGAUGCUGGCCCACCACCUGGUGAGCAUUGUGGGCAUCGCCGCCUCGCUGGCGCUCGGUGAGUCGGCCGCCGAGGUCAACGCCGUCAUCUUUGGCAGCGAGAUCACCAACCCGCUGCUGCAGGCUCGCUGGUUCCUCAAGGAGAUGGGCUGCUAUCACAGCCUCGCCGGGGACGUGGUGGACUUCUUCUUCGUGGUGCUCUUCACUGGGGUGCGGAUCGGGGUGGGGGCCUGGCUGAUGUACUGCGAGCUGGCCUCGCCUAAGCCCCGCUGGUACAUCAAGCUGGGCGGUGUCAUCAUGUACGCCGUGUCCUGGGUCUUCAUGGUCAGCAUCUGCCGCUUCGCCCGGAGGAAGAGCAUGAAGAAGUACCACGCGUGGAGAAGCCAGAGGGGCGAGGAGCUGAGCUUGAGAACGAACGGACAUCUGAAAAGCCACUGAUGCUGAGUAAGGGCUUCCUCGAGCUCACGGGCUGGCAAAGAGGGGAUCGUGCCUGAGAUGCCGCUGUCGGGAGAGGAGCCAGCACACGUUAGCAGUUCUGGAGCCAAACUUAUUCCUGGCGUAACUCCACUGAAAUCUGUGGAGCUGUGCCAUGGGUUCGUGGGAUCUGCAGCGCAUGGCCUGGCAGAGGCUGGCUCAGCAUGUACGUAAGCACAGCCUAAAUUAUGGGAGUGGAAGAAGGGCUAACUGUUACCUCCUAAACACAACUGGUCCAGCAGUGCAGGUAUACAUAGUGCUAGCAGCUUACUCCUUCAGCGCUGGCGUGAUCUUGGAAGAGAUGGGAAAAUAGCAGUAGAUGUUGGUGUUCCGUGUUCUGUGCAGUCUAGGCAGCUAGAUGACUCUUUGUCCUGCUAGGAAGAAGCACGUUGGAGUGUUUUGUGGGAGCUGGGGUUUGCUGGCUCAUCCUCCAGCCUGUUGGGUGACCUUGGGCAAGUCACUGAACUUCACAACCCGGUGCCUCAUUUCCCCAUCUGUGAGCAGGGGGUGAUGGAGCUGGUCCAUCCGUUAUGCACUUUCAGACCUUUACUCGAAAGGUGCUAUAGAAACACAGAACGAUGGUUACCUCCACUUUGUUGGUUAUCCCCACGUUGCUUUCCUUUGGGAGAAGUGGCUGUGGUGGUUGAGCUACCCUUUCUAAUGCCAUUCUGUAACUUAUUUGCUAACAUGUGGGUAUCCAACUUAUUUUCCAGUAGUGUCAGCAGCUCUGCUCAGCGUGAGCGCCUUGCAGGACUCGGUGCUCUGAACCCAAAAGGUGCCACCCCUGAUGUGAAGCACUUUGGGGACUUUUUCCCUCCUCUUCACCCCGACUGUUAAAGCUCCACCCAUGCACUCCAAAUCCUGCCUUUAGCUCUCUGGGUGGGCAGCGGUGUCCUUUAGGAGGAGCCCCAUCAGGACUUGCAGUGAUUGGUUUUUGGGUGCACCUCUCACAUGGGCACGGCUGUGCCUGCAGAGUGGCAGCUCCUCUUUGCUGUGUGUUGGUCAUUUCAGAUUCAGGUCAGCAUAUCUGAACCCAGAGGCUGCCGUGGCACUUGAAGAUAGUGGAGGACUGCAGGUGCUGGGAAGAUGAUAGGAAAAUGCAGCUCACUUAGAAUGAGCAUUGAUGUUUUUCCCCAGGACCACAGAUAUCAGUUUUGACAGGAGAUAUCCUGGGAUAUGUGAUUAGAGGGUGUCCAGAAUGCAUCUCCAAAACAGGCUGGUUGGGUGCAGUGUUACAAAGCAAGGCUUUUCAUCUGCCUGUUGGGCUCCAGCAUGGAAUCCCAGACCCAGGGAAGAGGUACAGAGCUGUGGAGCACACGGUGGGAUCUGACCUCAGGCCAGUCUGCAAGUUGUAAAAGGGAGCUGCAGAACUAGCGUGAAAUAAUAACUUGUGUUUGAAUUACUGUGUAAUAGCAACUAAUGUUCCACCAGUGAAUGGUGUAGAUGCUUUGUAUGAUGUUUUAUAAAAUAAAGGUUAUUUAAUUACUUGA